UAAAACAGAUGUAAAACUCGAAGUUGAUUUCACACUUUGCAGUAGUUUCAAAGUUAAAAACAAUGUACACUGGACAAAAUUCAAACAUCCGUGGUAAACUUCCACAGGAGUGGAUUAUUAUAAAACACAACCGACAACACUUUAGCCAGUUUAAGAUUUUACAAUAUGCGUGGUUGCAUCAAUAUAGCUUAGAUUUAUGCAUAUGGGUGUUAAAUACUUCAGAACUACCUGACCAGAAAUGACAUCAAAUCGUUCCACCUUAUCGUUAGCUAUUGUUGUCGUGGUCAUCAUUGGAUUGGCAGGUGGCGUUGAGUUUGCAUAUGUCAAAGAAUCGGAAUCAACCAUAAAUGAAGUAACUGAAGUCUUACACAUUGGUGACUGUAUCACCGCUUCCAAAGCCGAAGCCAGUCGGUUGGGUUAUUUGUCUGGAGAAUUGCAUUAUGCAGUAACAUGGAUCAGCAUGUAUUCGAGAAUAUGUCAUAUCAACGAGACGCUUCUGUCAAAGGAUACAGACACUUCAAAUUUCUCCUUCCAUUUGAAUAAAGAACUGAGAUGCUCAUUUCAUCUAGAAAGAUACACAACGACGGGGCAAACAUUUAAAAGAGCGGCACACGUUAUAUCUAACUCUCUUUAUAUGAUUGGUUUUCAGAAAUAUAAUUCACUGUUUCGUGGGGUGAACAAUUUCAACUACAGAAAUCGUUCUUAUUUUAUUGAAUACGGAUUCUUCAGUGCAAGCCGCAGCCUUAGAGUGGCUCUAAGAUUUGCCGACGGUGGUACAGUGCUAAUAUUUAAGGAUAUGAACGGUGUACCUAUUUCCAAUUUUGCACAAGACAGAUUUGAAUACCAACAAGACGUACUAGGUCCACCUAAUUCUACAUUUUUAAUCGAUGCAGUGACAAAAGACAAAACUACAAUUUCUAACGCGUUAAAACCGUACCCAAUAUGGUCGGACGUUAAAGUUCCUACUGAAAUCAUCUACCUGACCUACAUUGCUGAUGAUAACGAAAAGGCCGAAGCGAUGAAACAAGUAAGACCGGAUUUACCGACACACUUUUGUUCUUUCGGAAUCCCUACCUUCAGGAAUUGUUGUGACAAGCCCAGCUUAGCUUUUUCGACGAUUCUACAAAUAACUACAAUCGUUCAUUUUAUUGUCAGCAAAAUGAUGGUGCAUUAAACAGAGCUACCUGAUAGCGAAACGUGCUGACACAAAUGAUAGCUUUGUUCUUAAGGAUUUUCAAUUCACCUAAUGCAAUAAGCUUAAACAUUCGAGUGUUGGCGACUUCCGUUGCAAUGUUGUAUUAAUCCGGUAAAACCUUGGAUUUUGUUUAUUAUGCUAUAUAACAAUCUGGUCUAGCAAUAUUGGGGUUAACAUUUAGGUUCCGAUGGAUCCUUUAGAAUUUUGUUGAUUUUUUAUAAUUGCCGUUUUUCAAUAUUUUUCAAUUGAUAUAAUUUAUAUUAUUUAUAAAGUUUAUACUAGUAUUUUUAAUAAUGUAAUAUUUGAUUUCAUUGAAACUUCACCCGAUAGCAUUUCAGAUACACAAGGAUGAACGAUAGGGUUGUCAAAUCAUACAAACCUGAGUUCAAAUCAGAUAAACAGCCGCUUACGUUAUCUUAUGUUACCAAACUGUGUUACUUUUAUCCCUGAUGUAUCGCAGCGCAUACACUCCAGGCGGGGAAUAAAUUGCAAACUUAAGCCACAAACGCCGGGCAGGCCAUAUGUUUUUACACGAAAUCUACUAUUGGAGACGUAAAAAACUACAGGUACGUGUACGUGUGAAUGGCGAUUGAGUGCUGCAUCACCAUUGUGUGUAAACGUAUUAAUUUAAAGCAUUCGGUCAAUGAAGUGUAAGGACUGCGUCAAUAUACGCAAAUAUAAAAAUGCUCUUGCUUGUUUCCGAUGUUCAUCACAUAACCUUGAGAUUGAAUACUGUCGAUACUCUAAUAUUCAUCGAGAUCAAAGGUUUUGUAAGCUAUGAAAAGAUGUUGUUGAAACAGAAAACCAUGUUUUGCUAAAUGUCCUUUUUAUUCUAAUAUAAGAAGAAAAGUACUUACCAAUGAAAUAUUAUAAAAAUGCUACUUUUAACAAUUGUAUCAUCUUGAUGUGUGCAAAAAACGAAAUUUUGUUAAGGGAUAUUGCUAUGUGUAUAUUCUUUGCUAUGCAACAUAUAAAUAUUUUGCUACAAGCUUUGUAAGAAUGUUAUAAUUAGUAUUAAUACUUAUUUAAGUCAUUUUUGCAUUUUUGUGCGGUAAUGAUUGUAGUUGUGUAACACAUAUGUAAUUACUUGUGAUCUCGGGUGUCGUUGAGAUGUGUGCCUGACGUAUCGGUGGGUACCACUAGAUCAACAACACCUGCGUUGGUGUCGUCUCGAUGACUUCGAUGGGAUGUAAGUGUUUACGCUUUAGAUCCCUUCUAUUUCGUUCUGAAAACUUAAGGUAUAAAAUGCAUGCUACACAUUCAAACUUGUUUUUCGACUUGCACUUCCUUAUUUCUUUACUCUUUAGUUUACUUUUUGAUUCGUUUUUUUUGUGUGUGUUUUUGUGUUGUUGUUUAUUGUAAUUGUGUUUGUAUCAUAUUGUACAUGUUCAACCGAUGUAACCAUUGUUGCUUUUGCAUAUUUGUAAUACUCAUAUUUGUAGUCUUGUGCCGGUGGCAAUAGAAUAUUGAACUUGAACUUGUAAAGAACCGGAACAUUAGUGCUAAAGAGAGAUAUUUAGGGUUACGGCUCUCAGUAGCCUGUUUUAUCGCUGCAUCAUUUACUAACCACACGUCAACUAUUAGUUGUGUGUGACCUACGCAUAAUGUAUCGAAAGAAAUGAUGAUGUAACUUC